UUUGCUUUAGUGCGGUUACACUUUCACAGACAUGUUUUUGGAUCACAUGGCUGCAGGCGUGUUUCUCUUAAUGCUUCACGUGUGUGACUGACAGAGUCUGAGCUUGAUGUUUAACCAGCAGCAGCAGCACCGCCUCUCGUGGGAAACAGGUUAGCUCGAGCUCCCAUUACAACACACUGGUGGGAGCCCCGGUGGAAGUCUGCCGCCGCCGUCGCCGCUGCCCACUGAGGGUUUCUUCCCCUUUAAAACAAACUAUGCAGCCCUAGCGGUGGAUGUUGCCCGGGCUCCCUGGAAGAAAGUCUGCGGGCUGGAGAGAGGGGGCGACAGGGGGGACCAGCCGAGGCGGAGACGAGGGAUCAUGGCGGCCCCUCUAGGACGGGACACCCUACCUGACCACUGGUCGUACGGAGUUUGCCGAGAUGGCCGCGUCUUCUUUAUCAACGAUAAAACUCGUAGCACCACUUGGCUACAUCCGCGCACUGGUGAGCCGGUGAACUCGGGACACAUGAUUCGCUCAGACUUGCCCAGAGGAUGGGAGGAGGGCUUCACGGACGAAGGGGCCAGCUACUUCAUCAACCACAACCUGAGGAUGACAUCGUUCCGGCAUCCUGUCACCGGACAGAUUUCCCCUGAAAACACAGAAUACACUCUACAAGACAGGAUAGAUGCCCGUAUGUCCAAGUCAGCCAACAUCCAGAGAUCCCCCAGCAUGGUCACAGAGUCCUCCAAGGGUGGGACCCCAGCUGCUCUGGAUACCUCAGGGUCAAAGGGCUCCAGAGGUUUGGGGAAAGUUCACAGUUUUGGCAAGAGGGAUCAUGCUAUUAAAAGAAACCUCAACAUCCCAGUGGUGGUGAGAGGCUGGCUCUACAAACAGGACAGCUCUGGAAUGCGACUGUGGAAAAGGAAGUGGUUUGUUUUGUCAGACUUCUGCUUGUUUUACUACAAAGACAGCCGAGAGGAGGCCGUGCUCGGGAGCAUCCCUCUGCCCAGUUAUGUCAUUGCACCAGUUGAGCCUGAUGACCACAUCAACCGCAAAUAUGCUUUCAAGGCGAGCCACACAGGAAUGCGCUCCUACAUUUACAAUAAGAACUCUGUGAUUGGCUCACAGGCGGAACACUGCGGGAUGAGGACAUAUUUCUUCAGUGCGGACACACAGGAGGACAUGAAUGGCUGGAUCCGCGCCAUGAACCAGGCUGCGCUGAUGCAGCAGAGUCACACUAUGAAGAGUGAGGUGGAGAAGCCAGAGAAAGUUGGACAGCAGGCCUUCCCACAAACGAACCACGUCCAUGUCGUCCAGAACUCACCUCAGCCAGAAAUCCUUCACAGGGCCGACAGAGAGGAGUCUUGUGAUAACGGCAUCAGACUGGCUCCUGGAGAUGAAGUGAGGUAUGGAAUAGAGAUCCAAGUGAGGCCCGGCCCGUCAACCUCAGCGGAACGAGCGGAGCGACUCUCUCCUGACCCUGUCAAUGGUGCCGCCCACAAGAACGGACAGCCGACUGUAAUCCAAGUGGCUCUGCCGCCGGAACAAAAUGGAAAUCUUGUCUAUCAGCGGAGCUUUGUUUCUCAGAAAGGAACUGAGAAACAUGUGCAGAGGAAGAACACACGGGCUCAGGUGGAGCAGUGGGUCCAAGUUCAGAAGGGGGAUCCACCAAAGAGUGCUGCCUCUACUGAGUACAACCUCCCCCGGCGGACUCCCCCCUUAAAGCCCAAAGGCAGCACAGUGGAUGCCACAUAUCAGUCGUUGCCAAAGUCUCCCCGUCUUCCGUCCGGCAGCAACUCUCCUCCAGCAACGUCCAACCUGCCCAGUGACUACAAGUACGCUCAUGACCGACUCAGCCACUUCCGCAUGUCCACCGACGAGCGGAUGGCCGCCAAGGAGGGAAUGGUGUGGCAGCUGUACGAGUGGCAGCAGCGGCAUCAGUUCCGUCACGGCAGCCCCACCGCCCCCGUGUACAGUGGGCCGAACUUCACGGACUCUUCCUCCUUCAGAGUCACUGUGGAGAUGCCCCGUUCCAUCUCCGUCCCUCCGUCCCCGUGUGAGGUCCCACCGUCCGUCCCCUCCUCGUUCACACCGCUGUCCCCUCGCAGGCCACACACUCCCUCAGACAGACGCACAGUCAGGCCCCUGGAUGAAGUAACUUCCGGGGACAACACACGAUCCAGCUCCCCCGGCCAUAUUUGUGCACAUCUUUCCCAGACUUCCCAGAUAGAGAGAAGGUCCAUGCCCGCCAUGGGCUACAUCACACACACCGUCAGUGCACCGAGCUUACAUGGCAAGACGCCGGAGGAGCUGACUCUGCUCCUCAUUCAGCUUCGGAGGCACCAGGCCAAGAUGGUUGGUGUGCAUAGCCCCAACUAUGCGUUCGCUCACCUGCAGCACCACCAGCACAACGGCCUUCUAGGCCCCGGCAUGCAGGCUGAUGAUAGUUACAUACAACUGAAGAAGGACCUGGAGUAUCUAGAUCUGAAGGUGGGCCCCAACAAAGUUACUGGACGAGAGAGUUUAAAAAAAGAAAGACCCUCCAGGCCUGUGAAAAUAGCAGAAAGUGAUGCUGAUGUGAAAUUAAGUCGACUGUGUGAACAAGACAAGAUUCUCCAGGAGCUCGAGGCCACGAUACGAACUUUGAAGGAGGACAAGGACAAGUUGGAGUCUGUGCUAGAUGUUUCCCACCAGCAGAUGGAGCAGUACAGAGAUCAGCCGUCCCACGCUGAGAAGAUCGCCUAUCAGCAGAAAUUACUACAAGAGGAUGUGGUGCACAUCAGGGCGGAAAUAUCCCAAGUUUCCACGGAGAUGGAGAACGCAUGGAAUGAAUACAGUCGGCUGGAGAGAGAUGUGGACUGGCUGAAGUCAGCCCUGCAGGGACACAUGAACCGCACGGAUCUCUCUCAGCAGGAGAAAGUCCAGAUCAGAAAGGAGCUGUGGAGGAUUGAGGACGUCAUCGCAGGUCUCAGCAGCAGUAAAGCCAACUACAAAGUCACGAUCUCGUCUGUCACCAACCCAGAGAGGAAGUUUGUGCCUUCAGUGUCGGCAUCAUCAGUGCCUUCUGUGUCUGGGAGCCCGUCUGCUAUGGAGAUGAGACUGUCCCAGCAUCAGCAGCCCAGCCCCCACCUCAGCCCGAGUGGCCACACCCCCACCCUCUCCUCCAGCCCCAUCCAGCAGCUCUUGCACCACUCCUCCACGUUCACCAGUGGGCUCAAAUGGGGUGAGGAACAUGUGCCUCCUAGACCUCCUCUACCUCAAGUCUACAGUCCAGAUGAGCCCCCCCCUACUGUGCCCCCAUUGCCCCGGGAGACCACGGUCAUCAGACACAUGUCAGUGCGGGGCCUCAAGCGACAGUCAGACGAGCGCAAGCGGGACAGGGAGAUCGGCCAGUACACUAAUGGAGACAGUAAGGUGGAACUCAGGCCUUUCCUGAGCGACCCGGAGCUCAUGGGAGCUGGAGACGGCUCCAGUCACAUCAGUGUGGUAACAUCUGGACAUGAUGGAGGUUACCAGACGUUACCUAGCAGAGGAGUUGCUGGCUCCUCACUCCGACUAAAUCAGUCUUCAAGCAUCUCGUCGUAUGUGACCAUCCGAAGAUCAGCCUCAGCUGCCGGCAUGAAGGAGAGACCAAAAAGUGCCUUGGAGCGUCUUUACUCCGGGGAGCCGGCGCAGCAGCAGCAGCAGCAGAGGGGGAAGAUGAGUGCCGAUGAGCAGCUGGAGAGGAUGAAGAGGCACCAGAAGGCCCUCGUCCGCCAGCGCAAACGCACCCUGAGUCACGGAGACCGCCGGGCCGCAUCCUCGCGUCCACUUUCUGCAGACUUUGGAUCAGUAUGUUACUAGAACAGAAUCACACAUAACACUCUCAUGCUUGACGACAGCCAAACCGAGAAUGGCAAUCUACGGUAGUGGUGCAUGCCUUACUUCAGAGUAGCUGGUAAUACAUUCAAUUAAUGCAGUAUGAUAAUUCACUACUAUUUCAUGCAUGUUGUUUCAUGCUUGAAUUGAUCUUUUUUCCCAGCAGACAUUUUGACUUGUUGAUGAAGGGAACGCUCAGGGUUUAAGCCCCCGUGUCUGAGUCAGCCUGUGGCCAGAGGCAUUAUGCUUCAGGGUUGGAAUUUGUUGGUCAAAGGUAAAGGUCGCUGUGACCUUACAGAACUCAUUUGUGGUGUUUGUGUGAACGCAACAUCUCAGGAACACCUUGAGAGAAUUCCAUCAAAUUUUGUACAAACGUUCACUUGGACUCAAAGAUGAGCUGAAUAGAAUACGGUGAUCAAAGGUCAAAGUUAAUGUGACCUGAAAACCAUUUUACCUUGUGAACGUGCUAUCUUAAAAACGCCUUGAGAGCAUCUUUUCAAAUUUGGUACAAAUGUUCAGUUGGACUCAAUAGAUAAACUGAAAAGAUUUCAGUGGACAAAGGUCAUUGUGAUCUCAUAUGAGUCUGGAAAUAAAUAUAUGUUCACUAAAUCUGCUCUGAUUGGUGCAGGGUUGUAAUUCCACUACCUUAGUAGUAGUAGAAUUUCUAACUUAAAUAUUGGUUCUGUUUUGUGCUGCUUUGAAAGCCACUGUGACAGUGGUAUAUAUGCAGAAUAACAGGACCUGAAACUGAAGCAGCUCAAUGGAAUACAGCCAUCAAUACUUUUUAUAAUUUACAUCUGUGUAGUUCCUGCUCUGACAAGUCAAAACGUCUUCAGUGAAAAAGGCUGACAAAGAUAGGUAACACUCUCUGCUUUACAAUCUGUAGCACAAAAGUGUUUAAAAUGUAGAACAACUGAAACGUGUUUAUUAUGAGGAAGAAAUAAUUACUUUUAAAUAAGGAUGAUAAUCUUGCUAAUAUCUUAAAGUGUCUUGCCUACCAAACAUGUAACACACUAAUUACCUACGACAUCGGACCUUAAUAACAUCUACUCCUCACAUUCAUUGAUCAUUUAUGGUUAUUUACCCCAUUUUUCCCUCUGUUGCAUCCAUCUCUUCUCUCCUCUGUUCCCUGAUCAUUUCAUUUCUUGACCGUGGCUGAUUUCACUCAUGUUUUCUACCUGGUGUCUGUCCUGUGUGUCUUCAUUCAGAUAUUAAUGUUCUUCAGUUAAGCAAAUUGCUGUCUCAAAGCAGUCUGUUUAUUUGUGUCCGUGUGUGUGUGUGUGUGUGUGUGUCCGUGUGUGUGUGUCCGUGUGUGUGUGUGUGUGUGUGUGUGUGUGUGUGUGUGUGUGUGUGUGUGUGUGUGUGUGUGUGUGUGUGUGUGUGUGUGUGUGUGUGUGUGUGUGUGUGCGCGAGAGAGAGAAAAUUAAAUAAAGUGCCUUCUUAUUUUUCUACUGACCAAAACACUGACAUGCACUGAGCACUGUCUAUUUAAACCGACUCAACUCGAGAUCUUCACAGUAUUUUCCUAACUGGAUUUACUUUGACUUGAAUGAAGAUGGAGAUGAUCUGAGUGUUGAUGGGUUUUGGUGCCCCCCCCGCCCCCAGGAUUUGUGAGAGGACUUCUUUCAUUUAGACAAACGAACGUCUCUGAAAACAAAGGUUAAAUCAUUUGACUGUUUGCUCAGUGUCUUUAUCUGCUAAUUACUUGUUAGUUAUAAGAAUCCUUCAUUUUGCAUGUGAAUGUUUUGCAAAUAAAUAAACAAUAUUUUCUGAUGAAUAUAAAUUGCCAUGUUUUUUAUUCAUUAUUUGUGUUGUCAUGUGAAUGGAACCUCAUCGGUGUGAGUGAAGAGAUGUUUCCUGUUUCUCUCAGUGGCAUUGUGGCGUCCUCCUUAUAUCUGUUGUGGAGAAUUGACAGAAUUCUCUAAUGUCAGAGCCUUUCAUUUCAUUUACACAUGCAUACUCAUCUAUGCAUGCUCCCCUUUUCUGUUUCACACCUGUACACACAAACACCCUCUCUUCUAUCAUCCGUGAUAACAGGUGCAAGGUACGAGUUUCAUGAAAUUGAGCAUGAAGGCAAGUGAAACGCGUCAGUUUCACCUUGACUUGAGAAUCGAGACAUCUUGAUGGCAG